CAUAAUUUGUCUUGUUUCCGAAUUUUGGGAGCCAGAAGCCUCGAUUGCCUGAUCAAAACUCCUGCCCAAAAGGAACUUUGUCUGUCAAACAUUCUACGACCUGCUCUACUUGCCACUGCGACCCUCUGUCGCAACUGGCGAUCAAACACAUUCGCGCUUCUUCAAUUCCAGAAGACAAGCAAAACCUGCUUAAAUAUGGCACCUAGAAGAACACGCGCCAGCGCUGCUGCUGACAUCCAAGUCGAGUCCGGCGAAAAAGUCUCGAGUCCUUCAGCUGCACCUGCUGCUAAACGUCAGCCUCGCAAACAGGCUGCUGCUAAAUCACCCGAAGUCAAGGACGAAGCUGAUGUCGAUACGUCAGCAAAGCCUGCUGCUUCAAAGCCUACGCGAAAGCGUAAGGCUGCUGCUGUCACCAAGGAAGAAUCACCAGUCUUUGGUGAUGAACUUCCACACAAUCUUGGCUCUUUGCCUACCCCGGAGACUGACGAUGUCGAUGAAGCCAAAGAGGCUUCUCCUCCCAAGAAGAAAGCUAAGCGUGUCUCAAAAGCUAAGCAGGUGAAGGCUGAUCCGGAAGAAGUCGAUCAACUUGCAAAGAAAGCUGCGCAAGUUGCCUCGCCGGAUGCAGAAGUGAAGUCUGAGGUCAAGCAGGAAGCCGACUCUGCUGACAUCAAGACCGAGGUAAAGCCCAAGAAGAAGGCUACCAAGGGCAAGGCUUACAAACUUACUCCCGGUGAAACACCUUACCCUGACUAUGCUCACCCUACCACGGAGGAGUGCUACGAAGUCGAGCGCAUCCUCGCCAAGAAGCACGGCAAGGUCACAGCACCAAAGACAAUCCCAUUGCCAUCGCUGGAAGUUACUGGCUGCGGUGAGGUUCCUUCGGUCUUGGACGCUUUGAUCAGAACCAGACUCUCUGCUGCCACUACCGGCAAGAACUCUUCAAAUGCUUUUAAGGGUCUCGUUAAGACCUUUGGCACCCUCAAGGAAGGUGUGGGCAAAGGCAGUGUUGACUGGAACAAGGUUCGCCUUGCAUCUCAGCCCGAAGUCUUCGAGUCCAUCAAAAGCGGAGGCUUAGCCAACAACAAGAGCAAAGACAUCAAAGCCAUUCUGGAUAUGGUCUAUGAGGAGAACCAAACACGCUGCGCUGCCCUGAAGAAAGAAAUGGAGACCAAGUCUGAGGGUCCCGCUGGCUCGGAGAACGAACCUGUCAAGGAAAAGAACACUGAAAUCGAACGUGCCGAGUCUGGUGUCUUGUCUCUCGAUCAUCUUCAUCUGCUCUCCAACGAAGAAGCUUUCGACCGUAUGGUCAAGUUCCCUGGCAUCGGCCCCAAAACCGCAUCUUGCGUUCUGCUCUUCUGUCUGCAACGCCCGUCAUUCGCCGUCGACACUCACGUCUUCCGUCUCUGCCAAUACCUCGGCUGGGUACCGAAAGAAGUUCAAAAAGGUCAACCCCCCGUCGGUCGCGAAACCACCUUCGCCCACUGCGAAGCACGCGUCCCUGAUGACCUCAAAUACCCUCUCCAUCAACUUCUCAUCAAGCACGGCAAGGAGUGCCCGAGAUGUCGAGCUGCUACCAGCACUGGUAGCGAACGCUGGGAAGAAGGCUGCCCUAUCGAGCACCUGGUCUCACGUCAUGGUGCCAAGAAGGGUGAAGUCUCACCAGCCGGCAAGGCCGCUCCAAAGGGCAAGAGAGCCGCCGCUGCCAAGAAAGGCAAGGGGAAGAAGGUCGUCGACAGUGACAGCGAAGAGGCCGAGAGCAGUGGUCUCAGCGAUGCUGACAGUGACGUGUCACCUGCUGUAAAGGUCGCUCCGAAGCCCAAGAGAGCCGCUGCUGCCAAAAAGGGCAUGGGAAAGAAGAAGGUUGAAAGCGACAACGAGGAAGUCGAGAGUGAUGAUCUCAGCGAUGUUGCGAGCGAUGCUGAGAGCGAUGACGACUACGAGUAAGGCUUUGAGGAUUUCCACAACUCUUGCUCGCAGCAAUGGGAUUUUGCUGUUGCUGGCUCAGGGUAGCCAUGAUGGACUACUGGCUCGAUGGUGUUUGUCCAUGAAGAAAUGUCACAUUAUACGAAUGAUUUGUGUGUGUAUGUUGCUGUUUGAUCGAUAUUGGGGGCAAAAGGAGUCUUGCUAUUUCAUCUGGGAGGUUUUUCCUUUUCAGCGGGUUCUGAUGACGACUUUGCAUGAAAUUAGCUGUCAUGCUUAUACGAAUGUAUGCUAUUAGCUUGUAAUGAUGAAUCAAGACGAUUAUGC